AUGUCGGGGACUGAUGGUCCAGCGCAAGCGGGAGAUCCUUUGAGCGGAGCCCCGAGCACCUUGACGAAGAAGGUCAUACUGGACAAUGGAGGAAACCUCACAUACGAGACAGCCAGGAAGAGCAUGAGACUUCUUGGCUCAAAGUUUUUCCAGGACUUGCAGCAAUCGGGAAAGACAUUGAUGCCAAAAAAGACGUAUGAUGCCUACCAUGCAGAUGACAACGAUGAGUCCGUGAUGGUCACCUACCAGGAACAAGAGGGUGAAGGUGAUGAAGAAGCCAUCUUUCAAAUGUUGGCGGACAGCGGCGAUGAGGAUGCCAUCUAUGUCAAUGACUUCGAGGACCAGAUCGUGGAAGCCAUCCAGGAUCAUGCGGAACUGGCCCAAUGCUUCGUGAGCUACCAAGAGGCUCGCGCCAGAGUUCGUGAACGUGCCAGGUCCAGCUUUUUGGAUGAAGAUGACAAGGUGAUGGAGGUUGUGGACGAGAUACCGCCUGAGGCAAAGGACUGGGAAGAGGACACAACAAUCAUGCCGACAGAACAGAUAGACACCAGCUAUCUCGAUCAGAAGCUCCAAUCGGAGAUCAAUCCCGAACUGACCAUGGCCAAGAAUCCACAGACAAGCAGUGCGGAAGUGCUCCAGCAUCCACCGGAAGUGGGCACUCUCCGCGAGUGGGGUCAAUAUGUGUUGCCGGAAGGGAAGCACAGAGGAAAGACCUUCAGCGAGGCCUUCAAGGAUCAGAACUAUGUGUUUCAACUACGAAACCGCAAGGCAGUUUCACAGUGGGUCAAAAGUUUCCAGAUGUACAGUCGGGCUCGAGUUCAAGCCGAUUACAUCCAGUCGCAGAAGCUACAGGAACAGGGAAUUCCAGUCACUGUGGAGAUGCUCAAUCAAAACGAUGUGAAACUAUGUCCAACUCAGAUCAAAAACGAUCAGAGUCCAGCAAGAUCGGAUGCCGAGUCCCAAGCAUGGGUCAAGAUCAAGGAGGUAAAACCUUCCAAGAUCGAGACCGGAAAGAAGAGGACCACGUGCGCAUCGGGGAGCGAAGCUCCCAAUCUUCCAAUGUCAACCGAACCGAAUGCAGAGAAAGUUCAGCAGCUGAAAGUCAAUAUCGCCUUGCUCCAGCGGGAACUGGCACGCGAGACACAAGGGCUCGGCGAUGGAGAAAAGUUGAUUCAUCAGGAAAUGGCUCUCAAAAUCGCUGAGGUGGAGGUGUUUUCAGCAAAAAAUGCUUUGGGACAAGUCCGUGGUUUCAGCCCUGAGCAAGCCGUUCUGGGAAAGGCAAAAGCACUCCCCGGAUCUCUUAUGGCAGACAGCCAAGCUGCAGCACAUUCAUUGCUUGAUUCCGAGACACCGGAUGGCAUACAGUUCCGAGAAGACAUGGCCAGGACCAUCCAACGCGGACCGGAAGGCACAAUUGAGGUUCCACAGAUCAACUCUCAGUGUCGAAAUUUUGUUGAUUUGAGUGCCGGAAGUCCAGCGCAGGAUCAAACAGAACAGACUGCACCGCAAGUAGCUGUUCCAGAAGUACCCAUGAGCACCACCAACAGUCAACCGGACGGUGAGAUGUUUCCGCCUGAUUUGGUUUCAAAUGGGUAUACUCCUACAAGCCCUGAUGGAUCUGUUCAAGGGGAUGGGGUGGUUGAGAAUCCCAUGGUUGAUGGUGAAGACAAGGAAGCCCAUGAAAUUCCUGUUCCGGAUGAUAGUGAAGACUCAUGGUUUGGGGAUGAUGUUACUGUUGUUAGUGUUGACGAAGGGUUUUGGGAGAUCGGUUUUGGUGAUGGCCCCGAACUUGGUUUGGAUGCUGGUUGUGAUGUUUCCGUUUGUGAGAACCCCGAACUAGGAGAAUGGUUGCUCAUGGCCACUGCAAUAGGCCUACAGAAGGAUGAGCAGUGCGGCCUGUUGGGCGGGGCGUAUGUCAGGGCAGAUGCCCCUCUUUUGUGGUACCGAACUCUCAAGCAAACGCUGGAGAGUCUGGGUUUUGUAGUGUCCCCAUUUGAUGGAUGCGUCUUUUCAUUGGUCACAAAAGACCACCAUGGGAAACCCAAAGUCCGAGGAUGCUUGGGCUUACAUGUCGACGACGGAAUUGGGGGUGGAGAUGAAUAUUUUAGGGAAGUCAUUGGUCGGCUCCGUAGGAAGUACGAGUUUGGGGCUUACAAUGAGGGGGAGUUUGAGUUUUGUGGUGUUAGGUAUUUUCAGUGGGAUGAUGGGUCCAUUGAGAUGACACAAGAUUCUUAUAUUCAACGUAUCCACCCCAUAGAAAUUCCCCGAAGUCGGAGACAGAAUCCCCAAAGUCCGUUGAGUUCAGUAGAAGUGCAGCAACUACGACAAAUUUGCGGGAGCCUCCAGUACGCAAGCGUACACACCAGGCCUGACGUAGCAGCAAAGGUAGGCGAGCUUCAGACUGCUGUUACCAAAGGCAAGAUCGAACACUUGAUCACUGCAAAUAGAGUGUUGUAUGAGGCCAAGUCUCAUCCUGUAAGCUUGAUGAUCGUGCCGAUCAAGGAACAGCAGGUAACGUUCUGCACGUUCUCGGAUGCUUCCUUUGAGACUGGAAAGGGACAAUCAACUCGACAGGGAACUAUAAUCUUUUCCACAGAUGGCAGGUUGGAGGAGAAUGUGAAAACUGUUGUUUGUCCUAUUGCUUGGUCUUCAAAAAAGAUCCCUCGAGUCGUGCGAAGCACGUUGAGCGCCGAAGCAGUUGCUCUUGGAUCUACUCUGGACAGGCUGAGCUGGAUUCGUGUGUUUUGGGAAUGGAUGAAAAAUCCAGCCAUAGACUGGUCUGAACCGAGUGCAGUUCUUCGUUUGGCCCCUAGGUCUGUUGUUGCAACUGACUGCAAAUCCGUUUAUGACCUCUCUACAAAGACAUCCACGCCAGCAUGUGCCGAAACGGGUGGGAGGGCGGACUUCAUUGGUGGACAGCGAAACUGGGUGUCGCAGGUUGCAGUGGUUAUCUCCGUUGAUCUUGAGUUGAUCCGGCAAUACCUCAAGGAGGCGGAGGAGUUGGGCGUUGAAGACGAGGUGGAAUCCUUCGAGGUGCGCUUGAGCAAACACUUCGAGUCGGCCAUCGAACGGAUGAACCGAGAGCUUCCUCCAGAACACAGGAUACUGUACAGACCCUUUGACAUGAAGAACCACGCAAAGUCCAACUCCGCAAUCGACGAGGUCUUUUCGCGUCUCGCAGAGUCUGUGGUGUCACGAGUGGGAUUCUUCCACACAAAGAUGGGCCUUCAAGGCACGCCAGAGAAGCUGCAAACUGGGGUUGUCCGCACAAACUGUGUAGACUGCCUAGAUCGCACCAAUGUGCUCCAGUUUUUUGUCGGCCUCGAAGUCUUGAAGCAGCAGCUCACAGCAAUGAGCUGGCUUCCAGAGCCGAAGAUGGACUUCGAAUGCCAGGCUGUGCUGGUUCUCAGCGAACUUUAUGACGUCAUGGGAGAUCAUCUCGCCCUGCAGUAUGCUGGGUCGGUGGCGCACAAGAAAUACCAGCUCUUGGGUAGCAGUCGACCACGAAUGAUACCAACCUCGCAAGAGCUCCUGACCUCCAUCCACAGACACUACAACAACUCCUUUACAGACCGCGAGAAACAGGCUUGCUUGAACCUUUUUCUUGGCCUCUACCAACCAGCCAAGCAUCCACAAAUGGAGAAACUGGACUGUGACAAUUGGCUUCACCACAAAAUCUUGAAAGAUGACUACACCCCAGGAGAGUGGUGGGUUGAACCGCUGCAGAACUACAAGAACAACAUGGCGCCACUCAUGUGCAAGGGCGGCGAAUACCAAGUGGACCUUGCUCCUGAUUUGCAAAAAUGGUUCCGGCAGGUUCACAAGGUGCACAAAUACACCUACUUUGAGAAGCUGCUAGCAAACGUGGAGGCAACGUUCACCUUCGUCCAGGUCAACACAGGAGUAAGACCGCUAAGGGUCACAGGUGUGUACAAGAAUCGCACAAAGCCAGAGACAAAGUCGAAAGAAAAAUCCAUCGAAGAGGAACGUGGCCCGCCACCUUUAUCACCCAAGGUCAAGGAGGCAUACCGAGCGUACGCAGAUUCACAUCAAGUGAUCCGUGGCACUCAGUUCGACGAGUCCGUGCUUCGGCCAAUCUUCCAGCCCGUUCGCAUUGAGUCUGAGGAGGGGUACCGACUGCCAGAAAGUAUGAAGAAGCGCCAGGUCAAAAGAUCCCGGAGUCCCGGGAGUCCCCUACAUCAACGCCAAACGGCAGUUGCCAGAGCACUCUUCAAAGACAUGAGAUCCUUGCUGGACAAGUAUUAUGAGAAGCACAAGAGCACUUGUAAGAGCAGGCAAGACACACAGGAGCAGAAACUUUCGGCGAAGCUCAGGAGGAUGCGAGAGAAGACCAUGAAUGCUCAAAGGAUGAGCCUAGACUCCAAGGAUCCCUCGGCUCCAAGCAUGCAUUCCGUCAAUGUACAAGAGUCAAGUCAAGCACAGGGAGGUGCUCCCGUUGCACAUCCUGUAAGCCCUGUGCCCAAGUCACAAUUUGUCCCGCCAAAAAGGUCUCAAAGUCGGACGAUGCCGGGCCACCAAAACGCACCGCUGACUUCACUGCAAUCCGGGAAGCAAAGCCUGAGCCUUUGCAGAUAUUGUGACUCGUUCUUCCAAGCCGAGGCGCAACCACAAAUCUCAGCGGAUCCUAUCAAGGCAAAAUAUGGUCCAAAGAUGGCCAGGAUUUGUCCACGGCACCAUCACCGUGCAGAGAAGCUGAUUGAGUUUUUGAAGCACAGCCCAUCCUCGGUGCGAGCUGAUGAGAGCCGCACAAGAAAGGAUCGACCAGAUAUUCCGGAUUCUUCACAAGGCAUUGCCAUCAACGUCUCAGGGGCAAGAUUGGACAGGCCUUGGGACUGGUUGAAAACCCCCAAAAGAGAGGUGCGGCAACCGUCAAGGGCGGGAGCAAAAGCGAGCUCCAGGGCAGGGUCGAAGAACAGACAAGAGCUGCAGAACAGGAGUGUCGCCACACCUUCUGGCCCAGCACAGAGCACCGAGAAGGAAAGCACCAGGCAGAGCGCUUCUGCCGCUGGCGUUAAUUUGGACUUGCUGUGGAUUUACAUUUUCCCUCACGAACCUCCUGACAAAGCCAACGCUGAUGAUUUGGGCCUUCCGAGGUGGUACAUGGAUUUGACCGCUGCAACCCCGGUUGUCGCUCAGGAGUCUCCGCAGCCUGUUAUUCAAACUCGCAGCCUCACUCGCGCAGAGGAAGUUUCCCGCCAGGGGCGGAAAACACGCCGAAACAGUUUCACAAAUCUCAAUGCUCAUGUGAGGACGCCAAGCGCUGAUUUGCUUGGAUCCUCACCAAGAGCAGAAGGCCCUGGAAAUGUGGGUCGAAGCAUCUUUGGCGGCAACAUGCAGCAGGUGCUUGAUGAACUGGCACACAUUGAGGGCCAAAAGUUGCGCGAGAGCAGCCUGCCAAAGUACGCAGAACAAGACUAUUGGGAAAGGCGCUACCAAGCAGAUGUGAAUCGACCAGAGGGCUCCACGGAGUGGUACAUGAGCUGGGAUGUGUUGAAGCCACACCUCUUCGAUGGAGGCCUCCUCGGAGCCUUCGCUUUGCGACCGCCCGGGCAGGUCCUGGAGCUGGGCUGUGGUCACUCCUCGUUGGUGCCCGGCCUCGCUGAGGCAGGCUUUUCAGCCAUUGCUGCUGAUUUUUCACCGACAGCGAUAAGGAUGGCCGCAGACCCAUCCUUGAUUGGUCCAAUGGAAUUUGCGGCAUUGGAUGUCAGGACUAUUCCCUUCCGAAGCGGGAUUUUCGACGCAGUCAUCGAUAAAGGUUGCUUUGAUGCACUCAAACCGGAGGACUCGAGCAAGAUGCUUCUGGAGGCAUGUCGACUGCUCGCUCCAGGCGGCCUUUUCCUGUGUGUAUCCAACAACGAAGCGCUAGUCAGAAGCCGAGCACGCAAACUUCCAGGCUGGCGUCAGGCUGCAGGGACGCCUGUGCCCAUUCCAGACCUUGACGACGAGGUUCAAGUGCCUGGAUUCGAGACAAGCCGCUGCCAAUGUUCUGAUGCAGGUGCGACAAGCCUAGAUCCAGCUGAGAAACUGAAGGAACUGGAUCUGAAACUGAACCUUCGCCCACAGCCGAAGCAGCUGGGUCCUCCAAUCCGGCAGCAACAUUUUCGAUGCUUCGCUUGGCCGAUCGUCAUGAUCAACGGGCAUGAGGAUUCCGAAGCUAUGCGAUGUGAUGGCAAAUUCUUUGACGCUUAUCGCAUCUUAUCGCAGUACGUUUCACUCUGCCAGAAACACUUGGGAACUGCCGCGCAUUCCAGCUACUUCGAGGCGAUGUCUGCUCUGGUGCAGGAGAAGUUGCGGCAGAGAUGGUAG